AGCUGAUUUGUUUGUUGAAAUGUUACUAUUGAUUACCUGUUGAUAGCAUCCCCGUAGAUUUGAAAAGCUCUCGAGAUAUUUUUAUAAAGAAGCGAAACCACGUACCUAUUGCUCUAUGUUAAAUAGUUUAUUAUAUAUUUUUUUUUUACCUCUUCGUUUCGAGUCCCAAAUACCUUUCUGUAUAUGCCAUUUGCAAGCAAAACGAAAGAGGAAAAUAUAUAGAUUCUAGAACGAUAAAGAAUUGAAAGAAUCAUUGAAAUUAAACUUCACUAAAGCCAUUUAGGCACUACCUUCGCUCAAACCAUUUUAUUACAUAACUUUGCAUACUAUUACCGAAUGAAUUUAGUGGCAGCUCUUCCUAAAAAGAACCCCUAACAAAAAAAUAACAAUAAAAAUACAAUUUUGACAAAUCCAUGCCUAGUUUAAAUGGGGGGAAUUACCUACCACUUACUUAUACUUCACAUUACCUUAAAUACGGUUUAAACUAAAUUAGGUUUAUGCUCAAAAUGACUUUGAUCUUGGUGCUAGCCGUGAUACUGCUACUGCCCAUGACUUUUGGCUAUAACUACUGCAACAACAGGACCCACUUGUGCGAAUUGGCCAAAUGGAAGCACUUUAUGUGCCGGCUGGAGGAUUUUCAUGCCUUUGGAAAUACCAAGUAUCAUGCCAUCGUUCCGGACACCGCAAUAGUGAGAAGGGAAACAUUGGGCGUGAUAAACACUUUCCGGAACACGUUCGCUAGCGGGGAUCUGACCACGAACGAAAACAAGACGUUUUCGAGCGCCAAGCGGAUGAGGAGACUUAACUGGGACUCGGAGCUGGCAUACAUGGCACGCACCCACGCCUCCACCGUCUCCUUCAAGCACUCCGAGUGCCGGUCCACCCAGCGAUUUCCGUUCGUGGGUGAGGUCCUGGCUAUUUUGCCUCCUCAAAAGUCCAAGCCCACCAUCAUCGAUGAAUUGAAUAAGCUAUUAACACCGAUGUUUGACGAGUACAAGGUUGUCGAGGAUCCCGAUGGCCUCCUUCAUGCUUACGAUCCCAUAAGGGACUUUCCCGCGAGUCACUUCACUCUCUUCGUUAGCGAUCGAGUAUCUCGUGUUGGAUGUGGCAUUACGGUGGGUUCCAACUGCAACAUAGGCCAUACAGUCGGCUUCUGCCACUUCCUGACCUGCCACUUCGACUUUAACAACUUGGCGGGUUCGUAUGUCUAUAAGGCCGGAAAACCUGCCAGUGGCUGUGGUGACUGGAACACAGUUGGCAGCGUAAAGUACUCGCAUUUGUGCGCCAACACCGGCGAUCUUUUUCCAGCGGAUCGAGGUGACGAUGGAGAACUGCAUGGCGGGUCUUAAUAUAUUCGAUAUGCCUUCUGCAUCAUAGCACCUAACGUUUCCACCAAAUU